AUGGCAGUGGUGAGGGACUAUUCAACCCCAUCACAGAAGGAGUUGAAAAGGGAUUUGGAGACUCACCUGGAGCACUAUGUUGGUUAUCUCAACCAGUGUAAGCCAUUGUCUGUAUCCAUGAUCAAUUCCAUUCGGCAUCUUAAGAUGAAGAUCUCCAACAUCCAUCCUGGCAUACCAGAGAUUCAGGCCAAGGAGGAAUUGUUGGUUGCAAUAGGUGAUUAUGAGAGAGAGAAGAUACUUUUGGCUGAAGAAGCAAUUUCCCAGACUGCCAUUGAGAAAAUUGCUGAUGGCGAUGUUAUCCUCACCUAUGGGUGUUCCUCCUUGAUCACAAGCUUAUUGAUCAAUGCCCGGAAGAAGGAGAAAAAAUUCAGAGUGAUCCUGCUUGAUGGUCGGCCAUAUCGUCGGGGGGUACACACCUUGAGACGAUUGAUGGCCAAUGAUGUACCCUGUUCCUAUGCACUUGUUUCUGCCAUACAACCGCUCAUCAAAGAAGCCAACAAAGUGUUUCUUGGUGCCCAUGCUCUACUGGCAAAUGGGAAUGUGAUGUCUUCAAUUGGGAGCAGUCAGGUUGCAUUGGUUGCUCGCUCACACAAUAUUCCAGUCCUCGUCUGCUGUGAAACAUACAAGUUUUGCGAAAGGGUGCAGAGUGACGCUUUUGUUUACAAUGAACUUGGUGACCCUGGAGACCUGAUUGGGCCUGAUGAAGGUUCAGAGUCUCUGCGAUGCAAGUGGAAAGACCUUGAUGCACUGUAUAUUCUGAAUCUCCAGUAUGAUGUCACCCCUGCUGAUAUGGUUUCAGCUGUGAUCACAGAACUUGGCAUGCUUCCUUGUACUUCUGUACCUGUUGUGCUUAGGCUCAAGUAUGGGUGAUUUGGUUUCUGCAAGUGAGUGUUAAUCCUCAAGUGCUUCAAUUUCAUAGUGGGUUAGGUAUCCUCAUUCUAGAUUAUUUUCUCAUUCAGAAAUGUGUGAGACAAUACACUUUUUUUAAAUUAAGACUUUGUUCAUAUUUGUCUUCCAUGGCCAGGUGUCUAGAAAGUGUGCUGGUGUGUGGCAGUGUGGUCAGGAUUAACUUAUUGUUUUCCUGUUUCAUGAAACCCCAAAUGAUAUGGUGAUGUGGUCUUAAUUACUGUUUUGAAUUUUGAGGUGAUUUUUGAUGGAAUGAAAAAACAUCUCUAUUUCUAAUACAUCAUUAGCUGAAUGCAACCAAUGCAAAGGAACUAAGGAGAUCCAUUGUCAGUUACUACCUUAAUCAAUUUGCAGGUGAUUCAAUAGACUUGUUAAGCCCAGUAACUUCUCAGGAAGCACCAUUUAACAAGUGCUCCUAGCAGACUGUAGCUGUAUCUGCUGUGCUCCAUCUAUUUUCUGAUGAUGUAAAACAUGACAGUCUUUUUUCCUGUGACCAGCAAAGGGUGUUUCAUGUGGGGAACUCACUCACAUCUUCCCAGCUAAAUUGUUCACUUUCUGCCCUUUGUAUACAGUUAAGUAUGGGUUGAAGCCCUUUCCACUCACCCCAACCCAUCUCACAUUCACAUUAGGACUCAGUGUUGCCAAUUGCAUGGCUGUGUCCUCCCAGCCCUGUAAAUCCUUGUAUCCCAACUGCAAUGCUCAAAAUUUUGCAACCUACACACACACAUAAACAAUGCAUACAGCUUAGAUUGAAAUCUUCAUAAUUGUGUGCAGACAUCCUCUU